AUGACAUCCCUAGUCGAACAUCUUGUAAGCAAGAUCUUGGCCAAGAUCUUAGGUACAGAUAAGUUAACAGAUCUUGAAAAUUUAGUACCAUCAGGAGAUCACUCGAUUGUUCUUGAAAUAAUUCAUUUUGAUUUUCCUAUAUGUAAUGAAGCUGCUCUACUUUUAUGGAUAGGACAAGAUUUUCAAACAUUAUGUCUUCAACAAGAUCCAAUUACAUAUAUAAGUAAUAUUCAACAAAAUAUAACAUGUCAAUUUUAUACAUUAAAAACAAAUAUAUUACCAAAUUCUAAUCCACUUUCUCGUUCAAAUCUCAAUUUAAUUAUUAUAUUUAUUGUAUCAUUUAUUGUUUUUCUUAUUGUUAUUAAUGUUCUCAUAUGGUUAAUGUGUUCAUUACGAUUCAAAAGUACAAAAUCAACAUCAUCUGUUCAAAAUUUGUAUAAUAAUCAAAUGAAUGUAAAUAAUGAAGGAAAACGUUCAAUACAUAAACAAUUUUCUCAAAGAUCAAAUCGUUUAAAAAGUAUUCAUUCAUUAUUAUAUGUUGAUCAUAAAGCUGUUGAUAUUAAUCCAAUAAAAACAAAUAUUAGUCGUGAUCUUGAUUCAUCAUUAUCUCAAUAUAAUAUUAAUUCAAAUUCAUCUUCAACUAAUCUUAAUCAUCAUUUUCUUUUUAAAUCAAAAUCAACUGAAACACUUCAACAACCAAGACAAAUUAAUUCAUGGGAUGAUAUUUAA